CCUCGUCGACUCCUUUUCCCCCUCCAUUUUCGAGUCUCUUCGUGCUCCAUCGCCGCCGCCGUGCGCUGCCGCAGACGCUGUUGGAAAACGAGUUGUAGGUGACGAGCUGCGUGUUUUGGUGGAAUUUGUCGGAUUUUGGGGGAAUUGUGGUUGUAUAUUUACAAAUUUGAAACCAUUUCGUGUGAUUAGGGACGAAGGGAUCGCGAGGAGAAAGAGAAAUGGCUUCGAUUGCCUCUUCAUCUUCUAUAGUUCGUCCUCGUCGCCAUGAAACACAAUGUCCCGCAAGAGUGGACGGAUUCUUCAAGGAGCUCAGAAGGAACCAAUACAAACCACUUUCGGUUGGCGGAAAUGCUCCAAUUACAAAGAAACUUCGUUUAAGUGUAGCUGGAUGCUUGCCUUUGAAAGGAGAUGGGGGGUUUGGGUCCGUUGAAGGAUCUAGUGAUGGUGACACAGUAUUGCGACGGAGUACGUCCGUUAUUGGGCAGGAUUUUCCAUCUUCAGAUGCUAUAUUUCAAGAUGAUGCUGUAGAACUUGGAGCAAUUUCUGCAGAUAUGGCUCCUUUUGCUGAUGAUUUUUUUGGUGAUAACGACGAGCUUGAUUUAGAUUGCCCUACUGACGGUUUCUCUUCUAUCUCGGAGGCCAUCGAGGACAUCCGGCAAGGCAAACUUGUGAUUGUAGUAGAUGAUGAAGACAGAGAAAAUGAGGGAGAUCUUAUAAUGGCUGCAUCUUUGGUAACGCCAGAGGCUAUGGCUUUCAUAGUAAGACAUGGAACUGGGAUUGUGUGUGUCAGCAUGAAAGAAGAAGAUCUCGAAAGGCUUCAACUUCCUUUAAUGGUGACAAAUAAAGAAAAUGAAGAAAAGCUCCGCACGGCAUUCACUGUUACAGUGGAUGCUAAAGAAGGGACAACAACUGGGGUUUCUGCAGAAGAUAGGGCGAAAACAGUGAAGGCCCUGUCAUCUCCUGAUUCAAAGCCUGAUGACUUUAACCGCCCUGGGCAUAUUUUCCCUCUGAAGUACAGAGAAGGUGGCGUCCUUAAAAGAGCUGGACAUACAGAAGCAUCUGUUGAUCUUGCUAUGUUGGCUGGGUUACCCCCUGCGGCAGUUCUUUGUGAGAUCGUGGAUGAUGACGAUGGUUCAAUGGCUCGAUUGCCAAAGCUCCGUGAAUUUGCUAAGAGGGAGAAUCUGAAGAUAAUCUCCAUUGCCGAUUUGGUUAGGUAUAGGAGAAAAAGAGAUAAGUUAGUGGAGCGUGCUUCGGUGGCACGCUUGCCCCUCAGGUGGGGUAACGUUCAGGCCUACUGCUACCGAUCUCUUCUUGAUGGAAUGGAGCAUAUUGCCAUGGUUAAAGGUGAUAUCGGAGAUGGGCAAGAUAUCCUCGUGAGGGUGCAUUCCGAGUGCUUGACUGGGGACAUAUUUGGCUCAGCAAGGUGUGACUGUGGCGACCAGCUGUCCCUGGCAAUGGAAAUGAUUGAGAAAGCUGGGAGGGGCGUGCUGGUUUAUCUUCGCGGGCAUGAAGGGAGGGGCAUCGGGCUUGGCCACAAGCUUCGCGCUUACAACUUACAGGACAAUGGGCGUGAUACAGUGGAAGCUAAUGAGGAACUAGGGUUGCCUGUGGACUCACGGGAAUAUGGUAUCGGCGCACAGAUAUUACGAGACCUCGGAGUUCGUACAAUGAGGUUGAUGACCAACAACCCGGCAAAAUACAGCGGGCUAAAAGGCUACGGGUUGAGCAUCGUGGGCAGGGUUCCCUUACUAACGCUGAUUACUAAGGAGAAUCGUAGAUACAUGGAAACCAAAAGAGCAAAGAUGGGCCACAUGUAUGGGUCCAAAUUCAACGGUCGUCUCAAUGGUUCGAUUACAACUAACGGAUCAGCAGAGCAAAACCAGAGCCCAUAAUGUGCUUUGGCUCAAGGAGAAGCCACUUUUGACUGCUACUGAACAAUAAAAGUCGUCGUAUCAAGUUGUUCCAUUUUGUACAGAUUCCAUUAUUUGGCUUUUGCAAGCUUAUGUGGGCGGCCGAUCUUCGAUUGAGAGGUGAAAACUUAUUUUGCUAUGCUGUUGCAAACAUUGUAGACGUUUUGAUUUACUCUAAAAGUACGAGGGUUUGAUAAACAGAAUGUGGAGUAGAGAUUGGUGUUGUUGAUGUUUUUUUGCAGUUAUCUUUGACUCAUAAAAGUCUCAAAGUCAAAACAUCUGCACAACAUUUAGUGUUUUUGCUUGAUGAUAUUA